AUGGCAAAUGGUGACCAACUCAACAAUGAAGGGAAAGUCCUUGGGGUCAAUCUCGUUGUCCAAGGUCAACUUUUCAAUGUGGAUAUCGGGGAUGCAGAAACACAUUUGGCCCACCUCAAGGUGACUCUUGACAUUCUAAGGGAGAACCAGCUAUUUGCUAAGUUGAGCAAGUGCACAUUUGGGUGUACAAGAAUUUCCUACCUAGGCCAUCUAAUCUCAGGCCAAGAGGUUUGGGCAGACAUAGAAAAGCUGAAGGCUAUGAUGCAAUGGCCAAUCCCCAAGUCCCUCAAGGCUUUAAGAGGCUUUCUGGGUUUAACUAGCUAUUAUAAGAGAUUUGUUUGUGGAUAUGGGGCUAUAGCAGCUAAGUUAACUUCUUUACUGAAGAAGGACAACUUUAGUUGGGAUGAGGAAACAUAA